CUCUGCUGUGCCAUUGUGUCUGAAUGCAUGGACUUGCAUGCAUUACACAUGAAGGGGUGACUCUGGCUGACCUUAUUGAGAAGAAGAAAGGAAGGUUUGGGUGGUUCAGCCAGUCGUCCGACACUCAUGCGAGCGUUCCAGCCAGCGAAACAGAAUCUGUGAACACCGAGAAUCAAAACGGGGAGGAUGAAAAGACGCCAUGCUGCGGACCUCUGUGUCAAAAAAUUUCGAAGUCAAAGUUCAGUCGGCGCUGGCGCCGCUGGAACAGGUUCUGCCGCAGGAAGUGCAGGUUGGCUGUCAAAUCGGUGCCUUUCUAUUGGCUGGUCAUCAUCCUGGUGUUCCUCAACACUCUCACCAUAUCAUCAGAGCAUUACAACCAGCCUAUGUGGCUGACACAAGUGCAGGAUGUGGCCAACAAGGUGCUGCUAGCCCUGUUCACAUGUGAAAUGUUGGUGAAGAUGUACAGUCUCGGGCUACAGGCCUAUUUUGUUUCACUGUUCAACCGCUUUGACUGCUUUGUGGUGUGCGGAGGAAUCACUGAAACCAUUCUGGUCGAGCUGGAAAUCAUGUCUCCCCUCGGUAUCUCUGUGUUCCGCUGUGUCCGCCUGCUGAGGAUCUUCAAGGUCACACGUCACUGGCAGUCUCUAAGUAAUCUGGUGGCAUCUCUGCUCAACUCCAUGAAGUCCAUUGCUUCCUUGCUGCUGCUGCUCUUCCUCUUCAUCAUUAUCUUCUCCCUGCUGGGCAUGCAAGUGUUUGGUGGAAAGUUCAACUUUGACGAGACCCAGACCAAGAGGAGUACCUUUGACAACUUUCCCCAAGCCCUUCUCACGGUGUUUCAGAUCCUGACCGGAGAAGACUGGAACGCUGUUAUGUAUGACGGGAUCAUGGCGUAUGGAGGCCCUUCCUCUUCUGGGAUGAUCGUGUGCUUUUACUUCAUCAUCCUUUUCAUCUGCGGAAACUAUAUACUCCUAAAUGUCUUCUUGGCUAUCGCUGUGGACAACUUGGCCGAUGCAGAGUCUCUCAACACGGAUGAAGGAGACAAGAAAGGGGACAAAAAGGAGGAUGAUAAAGAUGACAAGGAUGAAGAGGAGGACAAUGAUGACACUGCAGCAGAGGAGGAGGAUCCAGAAGUUCCAUCGGGGCCUCGGCCGGUCAUCUCUGAGCUAGUAAAGAAGGAGAAGAUCACUCCUAUCCCAGAAGGAAGCGCCUUCUUCAUCUUCAGCAGCACAAACCCGUUUCGCGUGUUUUGCCACAGACUCAUCAAUCAUCACAUAUUCACCAACCUCAUCUUGGUGUUCAUCAUGCUCAGCUCUGUCUCACUCGCUGCUGAGGAUCCUAUCCGAAACUUUUCAGCUCGCAAUAUUAUACUUGGUUACUUUGACUAUGCUUUCACGGCUAUCUUUACUGUUGAGAUCGUUUUGAAGAUGACGACAUACGGAGCCUUUCUCCAUAAAGGAGCAUUUUGCAGGAAUUACUUCAACCUCCUGGACCUGUUGGUUGUCGGAGUUUCCCUUGUAUCCUUUGGCAUCCAGUCCUCGGCCAUCUCAGUGGUGAAGAUUCUUAGGGUGCUUCGUGUUCUUCGACCCCUGAGGGCCAUCAACCGAGCGAAAGGCCUAAAGCACGUGGUGCAGUGUGUGUUUGUGGCCAUCAGAACCAUCGGUAACAUCAUGAUUGUCACCACUCUGCUCCAGUUCAUGUUUGCCUGCAUAGGGGUGCAGCUAUUUAAGGGAAAAUUCUAUCGCUGCACGGAUGAAGCCAAGUCCAGCCCAGAAGAGUGCAAGGGCACCUACAUCCUGUAUAAGGAUGGAGAUGUGAACCAGCCAACCAUCCACAAACGACUGUGGCACAACAGCGACUUCAACUUUGACAACGUCCUCAUGGCUAUGAUGGCUCUGUUCACUGUGUCCACUUUUGAAGGCUGGCCUGCGUUACUUUACAAGGCAAUCGACUCCAACAGGGAGAACCUCGGCCCCAUUUACAACUACCGUGUGGAGAUUUCCAUUUUCUUCAUCAUCUACAUCAUCAUCAUUGCUUUCUUUAUGAUGAACAUCUUUGUAGGUUUUGUGAUCGUCACAUUUCAGGAACAAGGAGAGAAAGAGUACAAAAACUGUGAACUGGACAAGAACCAGCGUCAGUGUGUGGAGUACGCUCUCAAGGCUCGUCCACUGAGGAGGUACAUCCCUAAGAACCCGUACCAGUACAAGUUCUGGUAUGUGGUGAACUCAACUGGGUUUGAGUACAUCAUGUUUGUGCUCAUCAUGCUCAACACACUCUGUCUGGCUGUACAGCACUAUGGCCAGUCGGCACUCUUUAACUAUGUAAUGGACAUUCUUAAUAUGGUCUUCACCGCUGUCUUCACUGUGGAAAUGUUUCUCAAACUCAUCGCUUUCAAACCUAGGCACUAUUUCGCUGAUGCUUGGAACACAUUUGAUGCCUUAAUUGUUGUUGGUAGCGUCGUUGAUAUCGCUAUCACUGAAGUCAAUCCAACGGAGACUCCUCAGGUGGAUGAUCAGGGGAACACAGAGGACAGCGCUCGCAUCUCCAUCACCUUCUUUCGUCUCUUUCGAGUCAUGCGGUUGGUCAAGCUCCUCAGCAGAGGGGAGGGCAUUCGCACCCUGCUUUGGACUUUCAUCAAGUCCUUCCAGGCUCUGCCAUAUGUUGCUCUUCUUAUAGCCAUGUUGUUCUUCAUCUACGCUGUCAUUGGCAUGCAGGUGUUUGGAAAGGUUGCCAUGGUGGACGGCACACACAUCAACAGAAACAACAACUUCCAGACCUUCCCUCAGGCUGUGCUCCUUCUCUUCAGAUGUGCCACUGGAGAGGCAUGGCAGGAGAUCAUGUUGGCCUGUAUGCCAGGGAAACUGUGUGACCCAGAGUCCGACUACAACCCUGGAGAGGAGAUGACGUGUGGCAGUGGAUUUGCAAUAGUUUACUUCAUCACCUUCUACAUGCUCUGCGCCUUUUUGAUUAUCAAUUUGUUUGUUGCCGUCAUCAUGGACAACUUUGACUAUCUAACACGUGAUUGGUCCAUUCUUGGACCACACCACCUUGAUGAAUUCAAGAGAAUUUGGUCUGAGUACGACCCAGAGGCAAAGGGCAGAAUUAAACACCUGGAUGUUGUGACACUCCUUCGUCGUAUCCAGCCUCCUCUCGGCUUUGGCAAAUUGUGCCCUCACAGAGUCGCUUGCAAGAGGCUGGUAGCAAUGAACAUGCCUCUGAACAGCGACGGCACAGUCAUGUUUAACGCCACUUUGUUUGCACUGGUGCGCACCGCUCUGAAGAUCAAAACAGAAGGUAAUCUGGAGCAGGCCAAUGAAGAACUGCGAGCUGUCAUCAAGAAAAUCUGGAAGAGAACCAGCAUGAAGCUGCUGGAUCAAGUGGUACCCCCUGCUGGUGAUGAUGAGGUAACCGUGGGGAAGUUCUAUGCCACUUUCCUGAUACAGGACUACUUUAGGAAAUUCAAGAAACGUAAAGAGGAAGGCCUGGUGGGUGCUCACCCCUCCCAGAACAACACAGCUAUUGCUUUACAGGCUGGCCUUCGCACCCUGCAUGAUAUUGGGCCCGAAAUUCGCCGAGCGAUAUCAUGUGAUCUGCAAGAUGACGAGCUAGUAGACUUUAUUCCAGAGGAAGACGAGGAAAUUUAUAGGCGUAACGGUGGGCUCUUCGGUAACCAUCUCAUGAACGGCGGUCAUCGGCGAUCCAACGGCCAUCAGACCAACGCCACACAGCGACCACUACAGGUGCAACCUCCACCUCACUACGCCCACAUGGAGCAGCCGGUGGGACGCCUAUCUCGAGCAAACGCAAUGUCGCACCCCAACCACCACCAUCACCACCACCACCAUCACAACCGCCACCACAACUCCUACGGCAAGUCUCCCAAAUCCACCAACAUCAACCUCAACAAUGCCAACAUGUCCAGUCUGCCCAACGGAGGACACCAUCGUUACUAUGAGCAUGCACCUCCCAAUGGCUACCCAGGUCUUCGCAGCUCCUACUAUGACUACGACAAGCCUCGGACACCCCAGGGUCAAAGAAGGCGCUACUAUGAGACCUAUGUUAGGUCCCACGGAGUUGAUGGACGCCACCCCACCAUCCGCAGGGAGGAGGAGUUCGAUGAAGACCGCCUCUCUGGGGAGUAUUACAGUGGAGAAGAGUUUUAUGAAGAUGACAGUAUGCUGUCAGGGGACAGGUACCAGAACAGUGACACAGAAUAUGAGACUCCCAAAGGUUACCAUCACCCUGACAGUUACUAUGAUGAUGACGAGCAGCCUCUCUACCGCGACUCACGGAGGUCACCAAAGAGACGGCUGCUUCCUGCCACGCCUCAAGGUAACAGGAGGUCAUCCUUCAACUUUGAGUGUCUACGCAGACAAAGUAGCCAGGACGAGCUUCCACAUCAGCGUACUGCUCUACCACUGCACCUCAUGCAGCACCAGGUUAUGGCUGUAGCAGGUCUGGACUCCAGCAGAGCCCACCGCCUCUCCCCGACUCGCUCCACCCGCUCCUGGGCCACUCCCCCUGCCACCCCGGCCAGUAAAGACCAGUCACCAUACUACACCCCUCUCAUACGUGUGGACCACCCACACAGGGAGAGUGCAGCUAGCAGCCAAGUGUCAGUGCGGAAGAGCUCCUGGUACACAGACGACCCAGACUUCUCCCAUAGGAUGUACUCGCCUGUCCACCUGCAGGUGCCACCUGAGUACCAUAACAAGUACCACCAGAAGAGAGGCAGCGCCACUAGCCUUGUGGAAGCGGUUUUGAUAUCAGAAGGGCUUGGGAGAUUUGCCAAGGACCCCAAGUUCGUCGCUGCCACAAAGCACGAGAUAGCAGAUGCAUGUGAGAUGACAAUAGAUGAGAUGGAGAGUGCAGCUAGUCAUCUGCUCAAUGGAGGGAUGGCGCCGAGCGUCAAUGGGGUCAACGUGUUCCCCAUUCUGACUCCAAGGGACUAUGAACUGCAGGACAAUGCAGCCAGCUACAGCGACGAGGAGCCAGAGACAGAACCGAGAGCUCCUUAUGAGGAGGACCUGGCAGAUGAGAUGAUCUGCAUCACAACUUUAUAGCAGUGGCUGGAGAAAAUCUGCAAUUUAGAACCAUGUCAGACUAAAUUGGUGAAAAUUUUAAAAAAAGAAAUGCAUCUGUUGGCUUUGACCAAAAGAAGUGCCUUUUACAUUGAAGAGAAAAGGCAUAUAGAAGAGAGACACAUUAGUCCCGUUCAUUUUAUUGUUCUCCACCUGCCAGCAAAGGAAGUCACAGCAUAGUGCCAGAUACCAUCCCUGCUGAGCACAGAGGGACUAACUGCAACCUCCUGUCAAAGGCUUUGUCCUGGAGGUGACAUACAGGUUCAACCUGCAGCCAGUCAGAGAGGAGGACAUUGAUGCCUGUGAAAGAUGGACCAGUUGGCAAAGGUGUGAAACACUCUCUAGGGCAGGUCUCUAAGGUUGAUGACAAUCAGAUGUACGAUGUCAUUACCUCGGUCACUUUAUUAAGGUUUGGCAUAUCAUGCAAGUUUUCAAUGCAAGCAUAGAAAGGCAUAUCUCCUCCCGUAGUCGUUACUUUAACUUGAUCCCUUUGUUGUUAGAACAGACCGUUUCAUGAUCGUUACAGCUGAGUCAGAAAGUGAAGAGCACCGGUAGAGUUACCAGAUUAUGCAGGAACUAUUGUCCUACUCAUAGCAUCAUUCAACUUGAGAUAUGUACUUUUGAAGCGACAAACGCAUUUUGUUAUAAAUGCACUAGCAGGCAGGUUAUUUUAAAAUUUUAGAAUAUCCUGAUUAAUAUUUCAUAGUUGAUAUGCUGUAAAAUGUAUUAUAUAACAAAAGAAACUUUGUAAAGAGAUACUCUAUAUUUUGUAAUUAUGUAUCAUUUAAAAGAUCAGCAAUACGGACCCUUGUGACUCCUGUUAUGAUAUCAAAAGCAGACUAGCAUUAUUUUAUUAGGUAAAAUAUUCUGAUAUUUAUUUGCCUUUUAUUUUUUUUGCUAAUAGGCACCCUUUAUUUUGCCUA